AAACGUCAAAAUCGUGACAUUUCGCACAAGUGAUACGGUUGUUGACCAAUAACAUAAUCCUUUAUGUUUAUAAAUUUGGUGGCCACUCCGUUUGUUUAAUGUGCCAGACGGAUUAGGACAGUUUCGUUUGACCGGAUUACAUAAUUUCCAUUCAAAGUGCCAGGAAACCAAGUAAAGAUAGACUCGGUGUGGGGUUGGGCGUCGCCGCCCCUACGCAUACAAUUGGGCCCCCAUCUUCAUGUGCCCUGUCGGAUGGGCGGCGGGGAGAUGACCGGUGGCGGUGGCGUGGGCGCGGUGAGCGGCGGCGAGAGGCCGCCCUCGCCCGCCCGUCUGUCGCACACUUCAGAAAAACAUCCGAAGACGACGCUGACGGAGCUCAAUUUGCUGCGGAGGCACCGCGAACUGUGCGAUGUGGUGCUGAACGUCGGCUCCAGGAAGAUCUUCGCCCAUCGCGUCAUCCUGAGCGCCUGCAGUCCGUAUUUUAGGGCUAUGUUUACAGGAGAGUUGGCGGAAUCGAGGCAAACUGAGGUGACGAUAAGGGACAUAGAUGAACUGGCCAUGGAUUUGCUAAUAGACUUCUGUUACACGUCGCACAUAAUCGUGGAGGAGUCGAACGUGCAGAUGUUAUUGCCGGCUGCCUGUCUCCUUCAACUGACGGAAAUCCAGGAUAUUUGUUGUGAGUUCCUGAAGCGACAGCUGGAUCCGUCCAAUUGUUUGGGCAUCAGGGCUUUCGCCGACACGCACUCCUGCAGGGAAUUGCUGCGCAUAGCCGACAAGUUUACACAGCACAACUUCCAAGAGGUGAUGGAGUCGGAGGAGUUCUUGCUGCUACCAGUAGGCCAACUGGUGGACAUAAUAUCUAGUGACGAGCUGAACGUGCGAACCGAGGAGCAGGUGUACAAUGCGGUGAUGUCGUGGGUGAAGUACAACGUAAGCGACCGUCGCCAACACUUGCCGCAAGUGUUGCAGCACGUGCGCCUACCGCUGCUCAGUCCGAAGUUUUUAGUGGGCACCGUGGGCUCCGAUUUAUUGGUGAGAUCCGACGAAUCGUGCAGGGACUUGGUCGAUGAGGCCAAGAACUAUCUGCUGCUACCGCAGGAGCGACCCCUGAUGCAGGGGCCGAGGACCCGACCGCGGAAACCCACGAGGAGAGGAGAGGUGUUAUUUGCGGUCGGAGGCUGGUGCAGUGGAGACGCCAUUGCGUCGGUCGAGAAGUUCGAUCCAACCACCAUGGAGUGGAAAAUGGUGGCGCCGAUGAGUAAACGUCGCUGUGGCGUGGGCGUGGCCGUCCUCAAUGAUCUCCUGUACGCCGUGGGUGGACACGACGGACAAAGUUAUCUCAACAGCAUUGAAAGAUACGAUCCUCAGACUGAUCAGUGGUCAUGCGAUGUGGCCCCCACGACAUCUUGCCGCACUAGCGUAGGCGUGGCCGUCUUGGACAACCUGUUGUACGCCGUCGGAGGCCAAGAUGGAGUGCAGUGUCUGAACCACGUGGAACGGUACGACCCUAAAGAGAACAAGUGGACUAAGGUGGCACCGAUGACGACGCGUCGCUUGGGCGUUGCCGUCGCUGUGCUGGGCGGUUACUUGUACGCCAUAGGAGGUUCAGACGGACAAUCACCACUGAACACUGUCGAAAGAUACGACCCACGACACAACAAAUGGACCCUCGUCAGCCCUAUGUCGACGAGGCGCAAACACCUGGGGUGUGCCGUCUUCAACAAUUUAAUAUACGCGGUGGGCGGCAGAGACGACUGCAUGGAACUGAGCAGCGCUGAAAGGUACAACCCUCACACCAACACCUGGAGCCCCAUCGUCGCCAUGACGUCCCGAAGAAGCGGGGUUGGACUGGCGGUGGUGAACGGACAACUGUACGCGGUGGGCGGUUUCGACGGCACUGCCUACCUAAAAUCCAUCGAGUUCUACGACACGGAACAGAACCAGUGGCGGUUGUGCAGUUCGAUGAACUAUCGGCGGCUGGGCGGCGGUGUGGGCGUGAUGCGUGCGCCCCAAACGGAGAAUCGGAUUUGGUAGCUGACGGUGAGGGUUUCCGGCAGCACAAUUACCGUUAACUGAUCACCAAGGACUUAUUAAUUAAUUAUUUGCGUUGCGUUACGUGUUUAACUCAUGUAGUGCAUUGUAGGUUGUAAGAUAUGAUGGCUUUUUCUGGAGGAAUUGAAGCAAGUCGAUCCCUCAUUAUGAAAUUACCAAAUUUAUGCAUACAGUAACAAAAAUACGGGCUGUACAUUAAGUUUUAUUAAUGGUUGCAUUUACUGAUGAUCUAAUCAAAUGAAGCGCGUGUGGUUUUAUUGAACGUCAACGUUGUGUUUAUCUAUUGUGUUGAUAAGUCUCAGUCAACGUCUUUUAUAAUAUUGUUAUUGUUACUGCCAAUGAUAAUUGUGGUAAUUUUGUACUUAGUAUAUGUGAUUGUUGUACCUAAAAAUUUUGUUGAAUAUUGAGAUUUUAUCGCAAAUUGUAAUAAGGAUCUAUAAAUAUAAUAAGAACUCAAUCAUUUUAACAAUAAGUAUUAUUUUUUGUAAUUAUUUAUUUUUAUAAUUAUUUAAGUAACUCACUCACGAUUUUGUUUUUUCGUUUUAAGUUGUACAUUGGAUAAAUUAAGUACGAUAUAAGCUCUUGACACACUUUAAAAUAAAGGAGUUUGUAAAUA